AUUAAUGAAUAAGUCUGAAAUAACAUUUUUUAAGAUAAGAACUGCUGUUUAUAAUUUAAGAGAUUUGAUUUCGCUUAUAUUUUAAUUUUUCGCGCUGUUUGUAUUGUGCUCAUUUUUAUAAUUUCAUAUUUAUUUGUUUCAUAAAAAUGUCACUGCAGCAGAAUUAGAGCAUCUUUAUAAUUAAAAGCAGUAAAUGCUUAGAGCAAUUUUGAAUUAAUUUUGUAAUCUUUAAUACAUUUAUGGAUAGUACAUAAUACAUGUUUAUGCACGUGCCAAAUUCUGUACAAUCGAUCAAUUAAAUCAUUCAAAGGUAAUUUGCAUUGUUGUGUCGACAGGACAAAAUGGAGAUUAUGGAAGAUGGAAAUUUGGUCGAUCGUGUAAGAAUUUUAUUACAACGCGACAUGCAAUAUUACCAGGUUGGCAGUAUUAUCAAUUGGCUAGUCAUUUGCAUAAAUUAUUGCCCGUCAGAAUAGUUUUCAUUUUAUAUCCAUGAUUAAAUUUAUUGAAUAGAAUUAACUGUACGUAUAUUUCCGCGAUAACUCGAUGAUUUUCAUGACAACUUGUCUCUGCACUCUCUGAAAGCAGGAUGAUAUCGGAAGCGCACUGUACUGAAUUUAUUCCAUUUGUUAAGUAUUUGAUUACAGAGUAAAUUGAUUUAUUGAUUAUGAAUGAAGACGCGCUAAUCAUAUGCAAAUCUGGCCCAAUUAUUAUGUUUCAUGAUAGACACGUGGCUUUUACAUCAAAGUGUAACAAGAUAAAGAAAUGCAAACUGUUCUGAGAGAACCUUUGUGUAUACGCAUCAGUGGUGGAAAACUCGAUUUUCCACGGCACGCCUCGUUCGCUGCGAUUAAGAUUGUCACAUGGUGGGAGGCGGAUUUUGCUGCCGCUUUUAAGCGUGCUUCCGGUUUAAGUUCUACUGAAAAUGAAACUGCUUUGGGCGUAGACAAUGAAGACACUGUCAUUAAGCGAAUCAAACCAUCCGAUUUUAUCCUGCUUGUCGUCGACACCGCCGAACAAUUAUUAGAACAUCUGCACUUGCUGAUUCAAGAAUCCUUGGAUCAUGCCGAUCUCACUGUACUCACUGCCACAUUGGGUGCAGCAGCAUUGAUACGAAAUUGUUUAUGGUGUUAUACUCAACAUGCAAGAGGAACAAUCUCUUCUCAAUCGAGCGCAAAAAUCAAUGCAUCUUAUAAAGCGUUUCAUGAAAUGGCAGAGGCUGUCGCAGAGAGAUUGCUCGACUUACAUAAUCGAUUGAUUUCCUUGUACAUUCUUAAUGAAGCGGACUCUCUUAGCUGGCACAGCGACAAACCGUUCUUUGAAAAGGAGCGGUGUUCGUACGUUAUACAAAUGUGGUGGCUGUACAUGCAAGGUACGAAGGCAGAUUUAUGGAACACAGUCUCGCCUAAGAUGGCACAGCGUGUAUUUUCAGGGAUGCUAAAUGACUCCCUAUCUAUUAUAACGACGCGAUUCAUUCAUGGACGACCGAUGCUCGUGCGCUCUGAACAAUUCUGGUCGGACGCCUUUAAUGUGCUUUCUUGUACGGGCUAUCUCGCUUUAGGUGCAUGCGUCAACAGUGACGAAAUGAUAGGUACACGACCAAAUAAUUUGCCGACAGUUAUAAGAGACAUACAUGCAAAAUGUAACGAACUGUUAAUCUGCUUGCUGCUGAGAGGCACUCCUCUCAAAGAAUUAUAUCAGAUUUUCCGACAUGGAUUAGAAAAUUUGGUGAUAUUGCAACCUCGGCGAGGUCCAGCUCCGUGGCUGUUAAUAUGUGCUCCAAAUUUAUUAGGCACGAUUGACUAUCCAGCUGAUAUUAUAACAUUAUCCGAGGACAAAACUGUUAUUCUUGAACUGAAUAUUAUGAGACAUCAGCCUCAGCCUAACUGGCCUCAAUUAAUGAAAGUGAUAUCAAUGAACGAUUAUGCUGUAGCAAAAAUGUUACUAAAGACUUUAAUACGUCAGAAUGUGGGCUUUACGUGCAUAGAUGACAGCGAUGCGGUCGGUGAAUCAAGGAACGUCGAAAAAAGUUGCAGCGGUUUUUUGUGCAAUGGAUCUGCAUGUGAUAAAUCGCUGAAAAUAACUUCGGCUCUGGCAUUGUACAGCUUAUUUCACGUGUUAGUGGUAACUGUUAACGAGCCGGAGAACAUAAUUAUACCAGCACUGAAGCAGGACACAAAUUGGUCCAAUUAUCUGGACAAACAACAGGUCUGGAAUCAAUCGAGGCCACCCUGGCUCAAUGCGUUGAUAAAACCUUUGAAGACCAUGAUGCAGCCAGUGGUGGAGGUGCUUUUAGAAGCCGCGAAAACAGGUGCUAGCAUAUAUCAAGCAAUGUCUCUGGCGAUCGGUUGCUUCACCGAGUUAUACGUGACGGCUUCCACCCCCGUUUUGCGCGCUGCCUUUUCACUGAACGAUAAUAUCCCCGCGCACUGUCAGCCGAUCGGCGGCAACGUGUUGCUUCAGAUACUGUGUGCCGCUUUGUAUUCCACUCUUCUGGAAGUAUCUACAAAAAGCAGAAGUGAUCCUCAGGAUACACCACGUUCGGCAGAUACGAACUGUGAGCUGAGUCCUUUCAAUCUAUACGAUAGAUCAACCGCUGCGACAGCGCUCGCUGAAGCGAUUUGCAGUAUUGACGAAGACAAUAAACACACGGCGCAAAUAGACUCCUUUUUACUUCUCGUAAAAGAGAGCCUCGGAAGAGAAGAUCGGAAUUCGAGACUCAACGAAUUACAAAAUAUGACUUGCAUCAUUGAAACUUAUACAGACGAAUUAUUGUUUACGAAUAUUGGACGACGUUCUUUAAAAAUCAUAUAUGAUUAUCUAGUCCGGGCGUCCGAUUGGGUGCUACAUAAUUUACACUGCGGCGAGAAGAACAAGCAGGCAGAUUUGAUUAAUCUGCCGGAAGUUUCGCCCAUUAAGAAACCUCUGACACACAUAAUGUUUCAUAUACAGGACAUGUGCUUUGAUCAAUUUAUGGUUAAUUACGAAGCGACGAAUUGGUCGAAAGUAUUGGCGAUGCCUCUGUCGGUUACGUUAGAGCGUGUACGAAGUCAAGUCCUCUUAAGAUCGGAAUUCAAAAACAUUGGGGAUCUCAGCCGUGAAGAUAAAGAAGUGGUGCAGUCUAUCAAGAGAAUUUGUUCGUUUGUCAGAUCAGCACGUUUCAAGAAGAGAGAAAUGACGCUGUAAAUUAAACGUGUCCCCGAUCUUUCCCGUAUUUAGAUUAUCAACGCCACAAGCAUCAAAGUUCCACGCGACGUAAUAGAAUAGAUGAUUAAUCGUGGCAAGUACCGUCUCAUUAUUUGUAGCUUAACUUCUGACUAAUUAUCUUGUAAUAACAGGAAAUUGCAUCGCGGGUCGUUGCGCUCGUUGAUGAUGCAUAAUACGGUGCUUUACGCAGGAUUCGUAUGAGGGAUAUUAAGAAUCUAAAAUACAAUUGCUGCAGAGGAAUAAACGUGACACAGUGUUACAUAAUAAUUUAUUUUUAAUUUUGCAAAUUGACAUGUUCACACAUAUGAGACGCGAUCUUCUUUGCGACGAAUGACUAGUUCAUAUUUUGCACAGAUACAUUUCAGUCGAUAAUCUCAACUCUCACACUAAGAUUCUUUUUAUGAUCGGCCCUCAUUAUGCGUGAAACUUUUAAAUUAUUGUAGUGUUCUUAAUCUGCUUUGUAUAUGUUUUAUAGACAAUGAAGAUUUUCUUUUUUUUUACCAUAAUACAACGGUCAUAUUAUUUGGCACAUUUAUCGAAAGACUACGCCUAUUAAUCGAUCGAUAGACCAACAGACCAACUUGAAAAUUAUAUCAUGUCCCAGAAUUAACAAAUAAUUUUACAGAUCGAAUUUAUAUACGACAAGAAUGUUAUCUUAUCCUUUUUUCAAGAAAAAUCCGUGGAAAUUCUAACUAUUUAUUAUGGACCAGCAAAAGUUCUGAAUCAAUGAAUGUUGUUCAAAUCUGAAAAAUACAAAUGGACAAUAAAGUGCGGUGUAUCAAUCAGUUUAUUGAACAAACUCUUGCUAAUUGAGAGAUUAAAUACUGACAAUUAAAGAGUUGCGUUUUAACAUUCGCUGAGGAAAAUCGAUGUCAUUCUCGAUCUGCCGAAAACUUGGGACACCUUGUGUAUACAGGGCGCAAAGUAUUUCCACGUCUCUGUGACUGAUACGCGAUAAUUAAGCGAAGGAACAAUUGCGUCCGUAACAAUCGAAGCAUCUGGAUUGUUACCCCACAUCAAAUGAAGGACUUAGGCCAAGUGUCCUUUUAUAGCCCUGUUACUAAUUAACGAAAGGAACAAGAUAAAAUGCUGGUUGACAUUCGCAUGGGCGCAAUUGUACAAAGCAAGAAUGUUCAAAGAAUAUCAGAGAAUAAGUUUUCCAUGAUUUAUGUCAUGAACGUCCUGUGAAAUCUCGUGCAAAGCAAACGAAAAGUAAUCGAUGCACUCCAAGAAUGCGGCGUUUUAAAUUUAAUUAAUACAUGUAAGACUUGUGAACAGUAAAAAGUAUUCCUGCGCAUCUUUAAUUAAUUUCGUCAAAUCAUACGAACGUAAAUCGUUUUCCCCGCUUCGCUUCCGGAUAAGUAAAGAGAGCGAGAGUGUGGAAAAACCCGACAUUGCGAACACGCGCGCGCGUGGAAUAGAGCGCGAGACAAGGUAUACAUAAUUUAUACAAGAGAGGAUAGUCGCGUUUUCAUCAAGAACGAAUUAGAAAGGUGUCCCUGGAUCAGCUUCACCGAUUAAUUGUUGUCGUAUCCCGCCGCUGUUGCUGCGCCCAGAGGUCUCGGCAGGCCACCCGC